AUGACUGACACACUCAGUCAGACAAAAUACUUCGCAACUCCAACCAUAACAACACCGACAAUUGAAGCACCAUCGGCCGCCCCAGUCACAAACUCACAACCAAUAACACCAAUCGACACCACAACUUCAGCUGAAAGCUCAGCAGAUCCAAUUCAAACCACACCAACAUCCAACACCAACAACGACGAUAAACAAAAUUAA